AUGAUGGAUCAAAGGCUGACAUCGGGAGGAUACAGGAACACUAAAACCAUCACCAUGAAGUUUGCUUUCGCCUUUGUUGCCCUUGUUGGCUCCGCCUCUGCCUUCUCUGGCUCCUCAUUCUCUGGAACCUCCUUGAAGGCUUCUGCAUCCAACAGUGACUCCAUGACCAUGGCUGCCACUGGCAUGGGUAUCAAUGGAUUCGGACGUAUUGGACGUCUUGUCACCCGUAUCAUGAUGGAAGAUGAAGCCUGUGAGCUCAAUGCCAUCAAUGCUGGAUCUGCCACCACUGAUUACAUGGCCUACCAAUACAAGUAUGACACAAUCCACGGAAAGGCCAAGCAAACUGUUGAGAUUGAUGGAGACUUCUUGAUCUUGGGAGGAAAGAAGAUCCAGACUUCCCGAUGCCGCGACCCCAAGGAAGUUGGCUGGGGUGCCCUCAAUGCUGACUACGUCUGUGAAUCUACUGGAGUUUUCCUCACCAAGGAUACCGCCCAGUCCAUCAUUGAUGGAGGUGCCAAGAAGGUCAUCUACUCUGCCCCUGCCAAGGAUGAUUCUUUGACUGUUGUCAUGGGAGUUAACCAAGAAAUGUAUGAUGGAAGUGAGAACUUCAUCUCUUGUGCUUCUUGCACAACCAACGGUCUUGCACCCAUGGUUAAGGCUAUCCACGAUGAGUUCGAAAUUGAGGAAGCCCUCAUGACUACUGUGCACGCCAUGACUGCCACCCAGGCUGUUGUUGACUCUUCUUCUCGCAAGGACUGGCGUGGAGGACGUGCCGCCUCUGGCAACAUCAUCCCCUCCUCCACUGGAGCUGCCAAGGCUGUCACCAAGGUCAUUCCUUCCCUUGUUGGCAAGCUCACCGGUAUGGCUUUCCGUGUCCCCACCAUUGAUGUGUCUGUUGUUGACUUGACCUGCAAGAUCGCCAAGUCCACCACCUACGAAGAAAUCUGUGCUGUUGUCAAGAGCAAGUCUGAGGGAGACAUGAAGGGAUUCCUUGGAUACAGUGAUGAGCCCCUUGUUUCCACUGACUUCGAAGGAGACCUUCGCUCCUCCAUCUUUGAUGCUGAUGCCGGUAUCAUGCUGAACCCCAACUUUGUCAAGCUUGUUGCCUGGUACGACAACGAAUAUGGAUACUCUGGCCGUGUUGUUGACUUGAUGAAGCAUGUUGCUGCCGUUGACGCCAAGGUUGCUGCUUAA